GGGUUAGUCAUUCAGUGGUAGCCAGCCAGCUAACGUCCCAGUCACACAGUGAGCAAUUUACUUGAAAUGUGCAAUUUGGAUUGGAAUUUAUCGACAUAUAUAUACAUUUAAUUAGGGGCACGGAUGAAUCAUUUGGUAACUUCUGAUUUGUUAUAGUUUGGCCUUUUAACAAUGAACUAAAUAAUGUUACCUAUGGGAAUUAGUAUUUGUUUGCUAUUGGAAACGAUAUUCUUAGUUAGCUAGGGAGCUAACAAUUCAUACGGUAGCUUUACGGCUUCUGUCUCAAGUAAGCCAGGCUACGCUAAACGCAUUGCUGAAUGAGUGUGGACACGGUGGGGUCGAAUGCCAUGGACUGCAAAGGGUGCUCCCUGCCUGUGAUGCCCGAGCCCCUGAACCCCGUCAGCAUGAAGCCGCCGCCGCCCCCCGAGCCGCUGGGGGGCCGCAAGGGCCGCGCGGACAAGAGCACGGACCCCGCCCCCCUGAGGAGCGACCCCGCCCUGCUGAUGGACGAGGCCGCCGCCCACCUGGCCGUCACCCUGCAGGACACGGUGCUGCAGAAGAUGGGCGGCCAGCACGGCCACGAGCGGCUGAAGGACCUGACGUCACGCGUGCUCAACGGCGAGCAGGACAAGCCCGCCAAGCUGUGCGUGGCCGAGGGGCCCCUCCUGAAGGGGGCCGACGCGCCCCCGCUGCCGCCCCCCAGCCCGCGCCGCAAGAGCAGCUCCCCCGAGCUCAAGCUGAAGAUCACCAAGCUGGUGCCCAACGGCAGGCCGCUCUUCGAGCCCCCGCGCUUCCCCGAGGGGGGCGGGGACCGGCCGGAGCCCACCGGCACCCCCGGCAAGGCCAGGGAGAGGAAGAGGAAGAGGAAGGCGCCCGUGAAGGCCAAGCCCAAGCCCCGCCUCCUCGCCGGUCCCGCGGUGUCUCCGGUGAAGGGGGUGCCAGAGGACGCGAGCGCCGCGGUGCUGGACAAGGUGUGCCAGGAGGAGGCGGAGCCUGUGGCGCAGGUGAAGGAGGCGGAGCCUGUGGCGCAGGUGAAGGAGGAGGAGCCUGUGGCGCAGGUGAAGGAGGAGGAGCCGCAGCCGCAGGUGCGCUUCGCCGUGGGGGACCUGGUGUGGACCAAGGUGUCCGGCUACCCCUGGUGGCCCUGCAUGGUGACGGAGGACCCGGCGCUCGCCAAACACGUCAAACCGAAAGCGGUGAUCAGCCGGACCGUCCUGCUGUACCACGUGCAGUACUUCGGGGACACGCCGGAGCGCGGCUACGUUUCGGAGAAGAGCAUGGCGCCCUUCAGGGGCGAGGAGCAGUACCAGGAACUGCACCGGGGCAGCACCAAGCAGGCCGUCUCCAGCAACCGCAGGAAGACGUUGAGCUCCGGUCCCCACCGGCUGCGUGGGCAGUGGAACACGGGCGUCUCCCAGGCAACGCGAGCGGCCAUCAUGGGGCUGGAGGAGCGCUUGGCCAAGUUUACCUUCACCUACACCAGCGGGCAGCCGCACCUCAACCCCCACGUGCAGGGGGAGCUGGAGCCGGGACCGGGCAGGGCGUCCGACCAGAGCAGCCCCCCCGCGGACCGCACAGACCCCGCCCUCCCCCUUCAAAACGGCAGCACUUCUCAGGCCAAAAAGACUGCUCUGAAAAAGACUCCAAACAGCACAAAGCCUGCGGGGAAGGGGAGGAGACUGCUGCCGCUCGCCAAAGGCAAGCCCACAGCCGCUAAACCCAGCACGGAGAAGCAGAUGAAGCAGACUGCGCAGCCGAAGCAGCCCGCACAGACAAAGCAGUCAGCGCAGACGAAGCAGCAGACAAAGCAGCCCACGCAGACGAAGCAGCCCGCUCGGUCGAAGCAGCCAGCGCGGACGAAGCAGUCAGCGCAGACGAAGCAGCAGCCAGCGCAGACAAAGCAGCCCACGCAGACGAAGCAGCCAGCGCAGACGAAGCAGCAGCCAGCGCAGACGAAGCAGCAGCCAGCGCAGCCAAAGCAGUCCGCGCAGACGAAUCAGCCUGUGCAGCUUCCCUCACAGACCCCCUCUGCUGCCCUCCUGGGAGAGGAGCUGCAGAAGCCCCGCCCCCUGUGUGACAGUGGGCUACUGAAGACCACCCAGCUGGUAGUUCGCCUGACAGGACUUCCUGCUUCCACCACCCCGGCCAAGAAACCUGUACGGUCCAAACCCCUCCCUACGAAGGAAAGGACAAAGGAAAAUACGAAGUCUGAUUUGAAAGGACAGAAAAAGGCGGGGGUGCAGAAGAGACUUCCUAAAAGGCCACUGAGCGAGCCGGAGGAGGACGAGCGUCCCAAAAAAAGGAUCAAGUCCGAUUCCACCACUGCGGUGAAGAGAAAGUCGAGAACGAAAUCCGCCGCGGAGAGGAAGACCGCGUCCUCGGCGUCCCCGGCGACCACCUCCGAGUCGAAGCCACUGAAGAAGAGGCGGCGGGCGCCAGGUGCGCAGUCUCCCGAUCCAGCACCCAGGAAACGGCGUACCCCGCCCUGCCCGGAGCCUGAGGUGUGCGAGUCGCGGGCGGAGUCCCCCAGUGACAGCACCGACGAAACGCACGCCUCCAAGAAAGGCGAACGCAACGGCGCCGCCAAGAAGGAGAACGUUUGCCCCGUGUGUGAGGAGGCUGGUGACGCCCUGCUGCCUUGUGAGGGCCAGUGCUGCGGAACCUUCCACCUGCAGUGCCUGGGGCUCACCUGCAGGCCCCAGGGCAAGCUGCUGUGCCAGGAGUGCAGCUCAGGGCUGCACUCGUGCUUCUCCUGUAAGCAGUGUGAGGGGGAGCUGAGGCGCUGCAUGGUGCAGCAGUGCGGGAAGUUCUACCACGAGGCCUGCGCCCGGCUCAGCGCGCUCGCCGUCUUCGAGGCCAAAGGCUUCCGCUGCCCGCUGCACGCCUGCCUGUCCUGCCACUACAGCACCCGCUCCCGGCCCAAGGCCAGCAAAGGUAAGCUGACGCGGUGUGUCAGGUGUCCAGUGGCCUAUCACGCCGGGGAGCUUUGCGUUGCCGCGGGGAGCGAGACGCUCACCUCCAGCGCCAUCGUGUGCACCAGCCACUUCUCCGCCAAGAAGGGCUACAGCCACCACUCCCACGUCAACGUCAGCUGGUGCUUCGUCUGCUCCAAAGGGGGCAGUCUGCUGUGCUGCGAGUCCUGUCCUGCGGCCUUCCACCCAGACUGCCUCAACAUCGCCAUGCCUGACGGCAGCUGGUACUGCAACGACUGCAGGGCUGGCAAGAAGCCCAAGUACCGGGACAUCAUCUGGGUCAAGCUGGGCAACUACAGGUGGUGGCCUGCGGAGAUCAGACACCCCCGCAACAUCCCCUCCAACAUCCAGCACCUGCGGCACGAGAUCGGCGAGUUCCCUGUCUUCUUCUUCGGCUCCAAGGACUACUUCUGGACCCACCAGGGCCGCGUCUUCCCCUACAUGGAGGGCGACCGGGGCAGCAAGUACCAGAAGAACGGCAUCGGCAAGGUCUUCAAGAACGCGCUGCUGGAGGCGGAGUCUCGCUUCAGGGAGAUCAAGCAGGAGCGCGAGGCCAAGGAGGCGCAGGAGAACGACCGGAAGCCGCCGCCCUACAAGUACAUCAAGGUGAACAAGCCCUGCGGCCGGGUGCAGAUCUACACGGCGGACAUCUCUGAGAUCCCCAAGUGCAACUGCAAGCCCACGGACGAGAAGCCGUGCGGGUUCGAGUCGGAGUGCCUGAACCGCAUGCUGAUGUACGAGUGCCACCCCCAGGUGUGCCCGGCGGGCGAGCGCUGCCAGAACCAGGGCUUCACCAAGCGCCAGUACCCCGACACCAAGAUCAUCAAGACUGCCGGCAAGGGCUGGGGCCUGCUGGCUCUCAGGGACAUCAAGAAGGGCGAGUUCGUUAACGAGUACGUGGGCGAGCUGAUUGAUGAAGUGGAGUGCCGCGCCCGGAUCAAGUACGCCCAGGAGAACGACAUCACGCACUUCUACAUGCUGACCAUCGAUAAGGACCGAAUCAUCGACGCCGGCCCCAAAGGCAACUACUCGCGGUUCAUGAACCACAGCUGCCAGCCCAACUGCGAAACGCAGAAGUGGACCGUGAACGGGGACACGCGCGUGGGUCUGUUCGCCGUCUGUGACGUCCCUGCAGGCACUGAGCUCACCUUUAACUACAACCUGGACUGCCUGGGCAACGAGAAGACCGUGUGCCGCUGUGGAGCUCCCAACUGCAGCGGUUUCCUGGGAGACCGUCCCAAGAACUCCAGCCAGGCCUCGGAGGUGAAGAAGGUGAAGAAGAAGCCGAAGAAGCGCCGGCCUCGUAACGAGGGGAGGAAGCGCUCGGAGGACGAGUGUUUCCGCUGCGGCGACGGCGGCCAGCUGGUGCUCUGCGACAAGAAGAGCUGCACCAAGGCCUACCACCUGUCCUGCCUGGACCGCACCAAGCGGCCUUUCGGCCGAUGGGACUGCCCCUGGCAUCACUGUGACGUGUGCGGGAAGAACUCUGAGGUCUUCUGCCAGCUGUGCCCAAACUCCUUCUGCAAGGCCCACCAGGAGGGGGCGCUGCGGAUCUGGGCCCCCACGGGACAGUUGUGCUGCCAGGAGCACGAGGACAUGGAACUGCGCCCCAUUUUGGACCGGAGGGAGGCCGAGGUGCCCCUCAUGGACGGGCCCAGAGCGUCCAAGGGCUACAAGCGAUCUUAAAGAGGGACAGAGACUAACCGAACCCCUGCGUCCUGUGCACACUUCCCUGUACAGAAAUCAUGCAGAAAUCACCCACAAUUCCUUAGUACUGUACAGGUAACUUCAUUGUCAGGGAAGCCCAGUUGCCUUUGGAGUUCCACUUAGCCUUUGACAAAGGCCUGCUUUCUCUUUGUAAUUUAAAAAAAAAUUGCCUCUACACUGAUGAACAAAAUGUGUUAAGCACAUAAGUCGAAAUACACAACAGAGAAAACAACCUCAUGACUUACACAGCAUUACAGUGAGACUUGAAUUUUUUUCCACUUUUGUUUUGAGAAAGAUAAUUUUUUUAAAACGGUAGAGUUAUAUAUUGAAGACCAAAACUAUACGACUGGAAUAUUGUUAUAGAGUGACAGUUUGGCAACCAGUACCUGUUUUAGAAGUAAUAUCGUAAACACGAGGAAAGACACUAUUAGUAGCUCUUAACGACUUGUCUUUUUCAUGUUAUAGGUGUAGGUUGAAUUUAAUAGCUCAGUAAAUUUAUUUUGCCUUGUUUUGUAGCUUAUUUUUGAAUUGGCAUAAAUAUGGUAUGAUGAUUCUUACUGGGGGGGUUUGAAUCUACCAUUUUCAGAUGAGAACAUUAAAAGAGGAGUCAAACUGUGUGUGCAGUUGAAGGUGGGCUUGCUUGACGUUGGGUAGAAAUUUCAGCAGUGGGCUCAAGCAUUGUGUGUGGGUUUUGUGUUCAAAACACUGCAACCCGAUUUUUUUUUUAAAUUUUUCAUCAAACACCGUUGGCUGUCAAAUUUGAUACAAGCUUCUGCUGAAAUUUGAGCUGCAGUUUCUCCAGUCCGCUCUGUAAAGACUCUGCGUUUCUGUCUAGUGCUCUCCAGUGAAUUUGGGGCAGCUGCUCAGUAUUUGUUUCCCUUUACACUGUACAAUUAGCUGUACAUUUUAAAAUGUAGUAAUAUUGCAUUGAAAAGUAUAUAUAAUUUUUCUUAAUAAAGGGAUAAUGUACCAACAGUGCUUAGCAGUAAUACAAGCAGGUGGUUACUGGAAGCCUCCAACAUGGUGGCGUUUAAAUCUUACCUGGGUAGGAAGCACACGGACGCAAGAAGCUGAUCUCAACUUGAGAAGAGGACUUUGAGCCUUAAGUCAUGAAAGCGUUUUCAUGGUGAAACGUACUUUUACACUUUAUGAUUUUGGCCUUGAUCCAGGACCAGAACAGGUUGUUGUGGUUUUUUUUUCCAAGAAGCAGAGUGUUAUUUUUAUUUUCAUUUUUAAAUGGGAAUCUGGUCCCAUACACACUGUGGAAUACGAAUGUUAUGAAAACACUGAAAUGAUAGGAAGCUUUUUUUAUUACAUGCCAGACAGGUGAGAGAGUUUGAGCAUGUGAGUGGGCUUUACAACAGCCAGAACUGACUUCUGUACCACUGUGUAUUUUUAUUUUUUACAUUUCCCCCCCCCUUAAUGAGGUUUUUACUGAGGAUGUUUGGUUACCAAUAUGGCGUGUAGUCCAGUCAGCUGAAACCAGGAAGCAAAGGUACACAUUAACCCGUAGCAAUAGCGAUGAUAGUAUUUAUUAAGAUCAGUGAGACGCAGUGUGCCCCAAAGUUGAGUGUUAAAAUCUUUAAACCAAAAUAAAAGCAGUCGGGUGAAAUUCUGGAUUAAUCUGCUCCACUUCCUCGCUUGCUGUCUCCGUACGUUUAGAUGGGCCUUUUCUGAACUUCACAUUUUUAUACCUUUUUCAGUUACUGCCAACUGCAAGCAGAUUUUUUCACUACAUGUUAACCUGACUACCGGGAACAGUUAUACGUCAUUAUUGUGUCUCAAUCCUUGGAUUUUAGGCCUGAAUAACAAAUUCUAGCACUAGUUUUGUGUUUGAAAUCAUGAAUAAAAAUGGCUCUGCUCAAGGCAAAGUUGA